AUGUCCACGUCUAUUUUCCGUACCAUUAAAAAUAUCUAUGCCUCUGGAUUAAAGAGAGCAGCCUGGCAAAUACACGCCCACAACGAUACCAAAAGAGGUUGGUUAGUGGGCACUGACGACUGGGGCAACAAGUUCUACGAGACUGAUGCUCCUGAGGAAAUCCACAUGAGAACCAGAUGGGUCGAAUAUGCCGACUGGGGUGUCGACAUGUCCAAGGUUGAACCAGGCUGGCACUAUUGGUUGGGUUAUGGUACCAACACGCCACCAGACAGAUUGCCAGUUGACCAGAGAGCCGUCAGAGCGUACCCGUUGCAAAAGCACAAAAUGAACUUGACCGCCACCAGAGGGGCAUACGUGCCAUACAACACAGCUAAGGCUAAGUGCUCAUCUUGGGAGCCUGUCGUUAGUGAAAGGGUUUAA